CUGUCCAAGGCAUUUCCAACCAAAAAAAGAAAGAGAGAGAGAGAGAGAGAGAAAUAGAAAUUUUGAACACAAUCUAAAAAAAAUCAGUUUUUGAGUUUUCUUCAUUUGCUUUCCCCACGCCCCCCCAGUUCCAAAACCUCCCCGAUUCGCCAUUGUUGCUCUGGAACCGGAGAAUUCCCACCAAGAUUGAAUCAUUUCUUUCGGGUCAGGUCGGACACAGAUUGGCGCAGCAGUGGAAGGCCGAAAUUUCUACGCCAUGGAUGCUCCCGCCGGAUAUCUCGUGAUCCUUACAAUUCUAGGGAUUCUGGCAUCCGCAUCGGAGUCUCUCCGCUUCGACAUUCAAUCCUCUCACACCAAGUGCAUAGCCGAGGACAUCAAGAGCAAUUCCAUGACCGUGGGCAAGUAUAGCGUCGUUAACCCUAACGAAGGCCAGGCGUUGCCUGAUUCCCACAAGCUCACCGUCAGGGUGACUUCGAGCUACGGGAACAGUUAUCACACGGCGGACCAUGUGGAAUCAGGGCAGUUUGCGUUCACCGCCGCUGAGACUGGGGAUUACAUGGCGUGCUUUUAUGCGGCGGAUCACAAUCCUCCCAUCACUUUGACUGUGGAUUUCGAGUGGAGGACUGGUGUAGCUGCUAAGGACUGGAGUAGCAUUGCAAAGAAAGGAUCCGUGGAGGCAAUGGAACUGGAAGUGAAGAAAUUGUAUGACACUACUAUAGCCAUACAAGACGAAAUAUUGUAUCUUCGUCAGAGGGAACAAGAGAUGCAAGAACUGAAUAGAUCGACCAAUUCGACCAUGGGGUGGCUAGGCAUUCUCUCCUUGCUGAUGUCUUUAUCGGUUGCCGGCUUCCAGUUCUGGCACCUCAAGACAUUUUUCGAGAAGAAGAAGAUCAUUUAAGUUCUCUCUAACUCUUUUUGCUUUCUUUCUUUCUGGCCAAGGUAGACAUCCUCUAUUUUCCCCCCUCCUUUCUUCAGGUUCCCUUUUCCUUAAAACUGUAUAAUGUUACACAAGUGUUGUAGUACUCGGGAAUAAUUUCAAAAGUUCAUCCUUAGUAGAAUCGGCAAAUUUUUAGAUGUCACAGCAGUACACCUUUUCUUCGUUCCCUUUCCUGAAUUCUUAGCCAUUGCACUUGGUAUGAACAAAGAUAAAGAAUUGUG